AUUGAAAAUGAAUCGUUUGGUAUUGAGCGUGGUGGCGCUGGUCGCCCUGAGUGCCUCCUGCCAGGGACACCCGGACAUCGACUUCCCCUUCGGACGGAUCGUCAACGGCGAGGACGCCGAGAUCGAGAGCUUCCCCUACCAGGUGUCCAUCCAGACGACCAAGGGCUUCCACUUCUGUGGCGGCAGCCUGAUCGACUCGGAGACCAUCCUGACCGCCGCCCACUGCAUGCAGACCUAUGCCGCCAACGAGCUGCAGGUUCGCCUGGGAUCCAAGUCCAGGAGCUCCGGCGGUGAGGUGGUCAGCGUGCGGGCCUUCAAGUUCCACGAGGGCUACAACAGCAAGCUGAAGCUCAACGAUGUGGCCAUCAUGAAGCUGAGCACCCCCGUGCGCCAGACCAGCAAGAUCCGGGCCAUCGAACUGGAGAGCUCCCAGCCCGUUUCCGGAACCCCUGCCGUCGUCACCGGCUGGGGCACCAAGUGCUUCCUCUUCUGCUCCUCCCCCGACACCCUGCUGCAGGUGGCCGUCGACCUGCUGCACUACAAGGACUGCGCCAGCAGCACCUACAAAUACGGAUCUGAGUCGGUCAUGGAGACCAUGGUCUGCGCCACCGGCGAGAAGAAGGACGCCUGCCAGGGUGACUCCGGCGGUCCUCUGGUGGCCAACGGCAAGCAGGUGGGCGUCGUCUCCUGGGGCCAAGGAUGUGCCUGGUCUAACUACCCCGGCGUCUACGCCGAUGUACCCUCCCUCAAGCAGUGGAUCGAGGAUACCAGUGCCUCGCUGUAAAAAAAUAAAUGCAAGAGUGCCUUUUUGUAAAAAAAUCAAUAAAUGCAAGAGUAUUUCAA